AUGUCAACUAAAAUUACAGAUUUUUUUACAGUAGUUAGCAAAAAAGAAGAAAAGGUAAAGGAAAAAGAAAAAGAACAAGAUUUAGAUUCAUCAGAGACUGAAAAUGAAGAAGAGAAAAAAAAGAAAUUACCCACCAAAAAAACAACUCCCAAAAAAUCACCCUCUGAAAAAGAAGAGGUAGAGGAGAAAAAAGAAAAAAAAGAAAGUUCAAAAAAAAGAAAAUCACCUGAACCAGAUGAAACUACAGAAGAAGAGGGUUGUGAAAACCAAGAUGAUGAGAAAGAAAUUAAAAAGAAUAAAGUUGAAGUUACCGAUUCAAAUUAUUAUGAUGAUAUUGAAUCAUAUAUUUCAGAUGUCAAUUGGAAGAAUGCUCUUCAAGAUGAAUUCAAGAAAACAUAUUUUAAAAAUUUAAUUUCAAGUUUAAAUAAAGUUAAAAAAGAAAAUAAGAAGCCAAUAUAUCCACCAAAAGAUGAAGUUUUUUCAGCAUUCAACUAUACACCUUUAAAAGAUGUCAAAGUUGUUAUUAUUGGUCAAGAUCCUUACCAUGGAAAAGGUCAAGCCCAUGGUCUUUCAUUUUCUGUUAAACCAGGGGUUUCACCACCACCAUCAUUAAUCAACAUCUAUAAAGAAUUAGUUCAAGAUUGCCCACCAUUCAAACAACCAUUAAAAAAUGGUUUCCUUGAACCAUGGGCCAAACAAGGUGUAUUUUUAUUAAAUGCUGCUUUAACUGUCGAGGAAUCCACUCCAAAUUCUCACAAAGAUUUUGGUUGGUAUCAAUUUACCGAUGCUGUAUUAAAAAUUUUAAAUGAACAACCACAACCAAUCGUAUUUAUUUUAUGGGGUGGUUUUGCAAAAAAGAAAAAGAGUAUUCUUAAAGGAAAACAUCAUUUCAUUUUAGAAUCAGGCCAUCCAUCACCAUUAUCGGUUACCCACUUCAAAGGUUGCAAACAUUUUUCAAAAACAAAUGAGUUUUUAGAAUCAAAAAAUAUUGAAAAAAUCGAUUGGACCAUCAAACCAUAA